AUGCUCCUCAUUGGUCUGACGGGGUCUAUUGCGACCGGGAAAUCGACCGUGUCAUCUAUUCUCUCAUCCUCACCCUACAAUCUUCCCAUCAUCGAUGCGGACUUACUCGCGCGCAAAGUGGUUGAGCCUGGCACGGCUGGCUACAACGCGAUUGUGAAAUACUUUGGGCCUACCACGCCGGACCUGCUUGUUGAGCCAUCAGAUACAGUCCCCGAGAGGGGAGUCAAUGGCAAGGGAAGGCCGUUAAACCGGCCGGCACUUGGCAAACGGGUGUUUGGUAACAGCGAGGAGAGGAAGAAGGACCGUGGCGUUCUCAAUGGUAUCGUGCAUCCUGCUGUGCGAAAGGAGAUGUACAAAUCCCUAUUCUGGUGCUACAUCACAGGUCACUGGGCAGUAAUUUUAGACGUUCCACUUCUCUUUGAGAGCGCUUUGGACAGGAUGUGUGGAGUGGUGAUGGUGGUGGCAGUCAGAGAUCCAGAGGUACAGAUGAGGAGACUUAUGGAGCGAGAUUCCCAUCUCAGCAGAGAAGAUGCGGAGAACCGGGUGAUGAGUCAAGGGGAUGUGCGCCUCAAGGCAAAGAGAUGCGAAGCCAGAGGAAAGGGAAAGGGGGUUGUGGUUUGGAAUGACGGAGGCAAGGCUGAGUUGAAGAACAACAUCGAUCAUGCAAUCGAGGAAAUACAGAAGAGCAGUCCCGGCUGGUGGAGUUGGCUGCUCCUUUUCUACCCGCCUCUGGCUGUCAUUUCGGGUGGUUGGACAUUCUGGCAAAACAUGCGGAUCAACAAAGCAUGGGGGGAGCAGGAAUUGAAAGAGAAGGCCAAGCUGUAA